CAGUCGGGCGGCAGCGAGGGAACCUGCGAGCGGAGCCGAGCGCGGGAGGGAGCGGGGCCGGGGCCGGGGAGCGGGAGCGAGCGAGAGGAGGGGUUAAAUCCUCCCACCCGCUUCUACAACCACAUCUGCCAGCCAGAUCGCCCCCUCCCCCUCGAGGAAACACCACCAGGGACCCACGGAGGACCGCGCCCCCCCCGCGCCCCCUCCUCCGCGGCCACCCCCGGCUCCCCCCCCCCCACCUCCUCCGCCUCCUCCUCCCUGGUCCCCCCCCCCACCCCGGCCCCCGCCCCAACUUUUUCUCUUGCAUGAUUUCCCUCGCACGGAUUUGCCACUCGGAUGUUGUUUCCUCGGGAGCUGAGCUCGGAGCCACGUUGAACCAGCCUUUUCCUCCAGUGCUAUGACAGGCAAACUACUGGAGAAGCUGCCGGGGACCAUGAACACUUUGAUGAACCAAUUGCCUGACAAUCUGUACCCAGAGGAGAUCCCCAACUCUUUGAAUAUCUUCUCCAGCAGCAGCGACUCGGUGGCUCACUAUAACCAGAUGGCUGCAGAUAAUGUUAUGGACAUUGGCUUAGCGAACGAAAAGGCCGGUCAGGAACUAUCCUCCUAUUCGGGGACUUUUCAACCUGCCCCGGGCAACAAGACUGUCACCUACCUGGGGAAAUUCGCUUUCGACUCGCCCUCCAACUGGUGCCAGGACAACAUCAUCAGCCUGAUGAGCGCGGGGAUCCUGGGGGUCCCGCCGUCCUCGGGCGCGCUCACCAGCACGCAGAGCUCGGCGGGCAGCAUGGGGCCGCCACAGGGUGAGGUGGACCAGAUGUACCCUGCGCUGCCGCCCUACUCCUCCUGCAGUGACCUCUACCCGGAGCCCGUCUCCUUCCACGACCCCCAGAGCAACCCCGGCCUCACCUACUCCCCCCAGGAUUACCAGGCGGCCAAGCCUGCCUUGGACAGCAACCUCUUCCCCAUGAUCCCAGACUAUAACCUCUACCACCACCCCAAUGACAUGGGCACCAUCACGGAGCACAAACCCUUCCAGAGCUUGGACCCCAUCCGCGUCAACCCACCCCCCAUCACCCCGCUGGAGACCAUCAAGGCCUUCAAGGACAAGCAGAUCCACCCGGGUUUCGGGGGGCUGCCACAGCCACCCCUCACCCUCAAGCCCAUCAGACCCCGCAAGUAUCCCAACCGGCCCAGCAAGACGCCGCUCCACGAGCGGCCCCACGCCUGCCCCGCCGAGGGUUGUGACCGUCGCUUCUCCCGCUCCGACGAGCUCACCCGCCACCUUCGCAUCCACACGGGCCACAAGCCCUUCCAGUGCCGCAUCUGCAUGCGGAGCUUCAGCCGCAGCGACCACCUCACCACCCACAUCCGCACCCACACCGGCGAGAAACCCUUUGCCUGCGAGUUCUGCGGCCGCAAGUUUGCCCGCUCUGACGAGCGCAAGCGGCACGCCAAGAUUCACCUCAAGCAGAAGGAGAAGAAGGCCGAGAAGGGCUCGACCGGCCAGCCCCCCGCUGUGCCCCCUGCCGCUGCCACCGCCACCUCGCCCCCCGUCGCCCUCGCCCCCGCCGUCACCACGUGUGCUUGAGGGACUGUGGGGGCCGGCGUGGUGGCACCCCCUCUCCUUCCUUGUCCUCCGCAUCGCUCUGUGCCCGGGGGAACCCCAGGGAUGGCCUCGCCCUCCGGGUUCAGGAUGCCCGGGGGCUGCGCUGCACGGGUCCACUCUGCCUGCACUCGGAUUGACCGGGUCUAAGCUGCCCACACCCGGAUCCUGCCUGCACUUGGAUCGUCGGGACCCACACUGCCCGGAUCGCCCGGACCUGCGCUGCCCACAUCGGGGCUGCCCGCACCCGGAUUGCCCGCACUGCCCGCGUCCAGCACCCGGAUUGUCCCGACCCGCACCGUCUGGAUCCUGGCUGCCUGUUCCCGCACUGCCCGGGUCCGUCCUGCCUGCACACUCCUUGCCCGGACCCAGCUCACCCGGAUCCCCGCACCCCGGUGACCGGAUCCCUGCUACCCGCACUUGGAUUACUCGCACUUCCCGGAUUCGGGCUGCCCGGCCCCGGAUUGCCCAGACCCGGAUUACCCAGUCCCGGAUUGCUCAGACCCGGCUCCCCCAGCUCCGGCUCUUGGGGCUGUCCACACCCCUCUGCCCGCACCCCGCAUUCCCCCGGUGUCCAGCCCACCCGCAUGCAGCUUUUCCCGGCUCCGGGAGCUGCAGAUCUCGGGGAUCUCGGUUGACCUGGAUUCCCGGUACCCGGGAUCCGACCCACCCGGUUUCCCCAAGGGUUGGGCUGGGCAGGAUCGGGCCCCUCCUGGAUCCGACCCGCCCGGUUCCCCCCGCGGGGCUGGGCUCGCCUGGAUGCGGGUGGGGUGGAUGGAUGGAGCCGAUCCGGCUCCUCUCUGCCUCGCUGGGCCUGGAUCCGGUUCCCUGGAUCCCCCUCGAUCCUCCUCCCCUCUAGAUCCCCCCUGCCCAGGCACCGCAGGUAAGCGGGCUCGGGUCCCCCAAACCGGGCUGGGGGCGGCUCUGCGGGUCCCCCCCAACUUCGGGGGGCAGCGGGAGCGACGUCCCGGCAGCAGCUUUUGGGUGGUUUGUUUUUUCCUUUUUAUUUUUCCUUUUUAUUUUUUCCUUUUUUGUUUUCCAGCAGAAGGGAAAAUCUUUACAGAAGCGCAGGAAAAAAAAAACCCACAACCCCAGUAUUUUGCCGAAUACUUUUUAUAAUGUGAGAUGUUUUUAUUUUAUUCUAUUCGGUCACUUUAAACCAACCAACCGACUACGGAGGAGAAAAAUCAAUUAGUCCUCUAUUUUAUUUCCUUCUUUUCUUUCUCCUUCUGGUAUGUGCAUGUCAUUGCAUGACUGCUCUGAUUUUUUUCUUCUUUUGUUUUAAUAAAACUGUGCUCAGACAUUUAAGCUAAACUAAGCAAAAAUAAUAAUAAUGACUUAAACUAAACCAUCUUUGUUGCCAAAAGGUCGUGCUAUCCAGGUUUGGUGUCUGCAUGUGAAAAACAAAUACAUUAAAAACCUACAAAAAAUAAAGAGAGGAGAAAGAACGCAGUCUAAUUUAUGUGAACCGAAAGGAACAAAAACUACCACAAUCAGGUUUAACCACACGAACCUAAGGGAAUGAUAUUUUUUGAAAGACUUUUGUAUAAAGUUGAGUACUUAGAGAAAAAAAAAAAUCAUACCAGAUGUAAUAUAUUUUGUGGAUGUUUUUAUUUCUUGGAUUUAUAGUACCUUAUACUAAGGUUAAAAAAAAAAUUAUGCUUGAUAUUGUGAAAAGGUGAUAAUUUUCACACACAUUUCAUUUGCUCAUUUGUCACGUUGUAAUGCAAAUAUGAUAGUUAAUGCAUACAGCAUUUUUAAGGGAAAAAAUCAGAACUAUUGAACUGAUGUAUUGUUGUACCAUUUGCACUGUGAGCAAAUGCUAAUGCAGUAAAUAUAUUGUGUUUGCUGACAAUCAAAA